AGCUCUCGAUCAGUCGUUGAUCAACCUCCCUACUCGCACGUACUUCUUCUCAUCGUGUCGCUAGGGUUUCUUCCCUCUUCAAUUCCUCCGCUCCAAAUUCCGGUCCGGCGCCGAACCCCACUCCAUGCCCACCACCGGCGGUGGUGGGGGCAGCUCCGCCUCCGAUAAGGGCGGCUCCGCAUCUUCGUCCUCGGCGUCGCUCCCCACGCCACCACCCUGCGAGAGCACCGUCGCCUGGCCUCUCCCUCUCAACGGACUUGACAUCCCGGGAGACGACACGCCAUCGUCGCAACCAGCUGCCACUGCGAGCAAGAAGAAAAGGAGAGGGGCACGAGCAGUUGGCCCUGACAAAAAUGGUGGUGGAUUGCGCCAAUUUAGCAUGAGAGUUCGUGAGAAAGUCGAAAGCAAAGGGAGAACAACCUAUAAUGAGGUGGCAGAUGAACUCGUUGCUGAGUUUUUAGACCCCAAAACUAAUAUUGACACUCUAGAUCAUGAUAAUCCCUCCGCGCAACAAUAUGAUGAGAAAAAUAUUCGAAGAAGAGUUUAUGAUGCACUAAAUGUCCUAAAGGCUAUGGACAUUAUAUCUAAGGAUAAAAAGGAAAUACAGUGGAAAGGCUUGCCCAAGACAAGUAUGAAUGAUAUUGAAGAAUUGAAGAAAGAGGUCACAGGACUAAAAGAUCGGAUUAAGAAGAAAAAUGAAUAUCUGCAGGAAUUAGAAGAACAAUAUGUAUGUCUCCAAAACUUGGGUCGACGAAAUAAGCAGCUAUAUGAGUUGGGUGUUGCUCCAUCUCGUACACUGGCCUUGCCAUUUAUACUACUUCAGACACGUCAUGGUGCAAAUGUACAAGUGGAGCUGUCAGAAGAUGAGCAGACUGUGCAUGUUGACUUUGAUAGCGCUCCAUAUGAGUUACGGGAUGAAUCCUUUGUAAUGAAAGCAAUGGGAUUAUGUGGCAAACAAGAAAAUGAUUGUACCCAAGCUCCUGUUGCGAAUGGAGGUGAGUGCUCAAGUACACCGAACAAUCAUUGGGAUCAAACACCGCAGCCACCAUCAGGGCCAAGAGGAGUUAGGGUACCAAAUGCACCUCCUAUUCCAGGGAUACUAAAAGGGCCUGUCAAGCAUGAACACUAAGAAUAGGGUUAUCAGUGCACUCCAAGUCAUAUAAAAUAAAAGAGAUUGCUUUUUUCUCACAAUUCAGUUGCUUUCUUAAUGCAAUGGCACAUAUCAAAUUCCUGUAUUGCUCUGUACUAUGUACUUUUGCUCUUUGCAAAGUAAUAUUUUACAUGCACCUGAUAUAAUUAGAGCUGUAAUAAUUUUUUUGUUAUUGAGCAUAAGUUGGGCAGGACAUUCAA